AUGGAUGGGCUGGGUCUGAAUGAGAUUGCACAGCAACUCUCUGCUCUCGAAGUGGCCCUGUUUCUGUGCCUGGUCGCCCAUGAACAUUGUUUGAUCGAAACCACCGCCACUUGUAUCCAUGACCUUGCGACAGAACUUGCCUUGAUUUGCUCCAUUACAUUCGAUUUCUCAUGCUCUAUCUUGGAUUGCUCCUCAGCAACGUCUCUCGAGGACAUCGGAAAUGACAUCCGUAUCCCAGAUGCGCGAAGAGGCCACGCGCACCCUUCGCGUCCCUGGAUGAAUGUCGAAUCUAGUUCUCGGGAUCGCAGCAAAUCCCCGGUCCCCAGCACACCUAAUGACACCGGCAACAUUGUCAAUAUUGUCAUAGCAAAGAACUUCAAUGUUGUCAACGAGAACAUUCAAGCCCAAAUUCUGCAGUUGAUGCGAUCGAGGACGUUGGUCACUGAGAACGGCUCUCUUCAUGCACCUACAGACUUCCUUUUUAUUCCACUGGUCGUGCGGGAAUCUGAAUAUCUCCGGCCACCAUUAAAGACGCACUUGAGCGAUAAUCUCUUGAUUUCCCAUUUUCAUGACGCCGAAGAUGGUUAUAUCUAUCUUGAAGAGAACGAUUGGCUUGCAGAUGAGCAAUUGUCAGCAUCCUCUGUUAUCCGCAGGCCAGAGAAGCCUCUGCGAAACAAAGGCCCCAAAAUAGAUCGAACAGUAAUGGAGAAACUUCAAGAGGCAAGCGUCUCGGUUUCCAUAAGCGCUGAAGUGGUUCGGUAUAUUCAAGAUAUCGUCGUCUUCUUACGUCUCAGUCGUGCAGUUGCCGGGGGCGUGUCUGCCCGAGCAAGCAUUCAAUUUUCCCGAUUUGCGCAGCUUCUCGCGCCCUUGCACGGCAUUGAUUACCUGACACCCUCGAUCGUGGCAUUGGCUGCGCGAAAGGUCUUUCGCCAUCGACUCAUCGUCGCAGAUCCUUUUGAUGACCGGAGUCUGCAGUACGGGAGUGAUCUUGAAGCGGUGUCCCAGGUGUUAGAUGGUGUAACGCCAGAGUCGAUUUUGGAUGGUGUGCUGGCAUUAGAGCCUCCGAUAUAA